UUGGAUGCUCUAAACUCAAGUCUUUAUUAACCACCCUUUUGUUCCCACAAACGAAUCAUCAUCGUUCACAAGUUUUGUUUUCCUAAAAAGAAUUGUAACAACACGGGAUUUUUUUUCAGAUAUCACCGUAGAAAUUUAUAGUAAAGAGCAUCCAAUUCUAGCAAACACACAAUUUAGACCACAUACAUCCGAAUUCCCCUUCUAUUUUCUCACACAGACAAGCUAACAUUAAUAGGCUGAUAAAGGACCUCACUAAAUAUUUUGUGAAUUUCAUGUCAAGUAACCAUAACCAAACGACGAGGAGCUAGUUGGAUACGUUGAAGAAUAAAGACACAAAGGUGCUCCAUGUAGACAUCAGAGUUGAAGAAUGAACAAGUUGAACUAUUAUUCCCAGGAAAUGAUCAGGUUUAAUCUUGAACAGAACAUGUUCGUGUCACAAAGUACUCUAAUAUAUAUAUUUUCAGUUUGUGGCCAUAGAAUUACAGAAGAAAUUGUGGAUUUGGAAAAGGAAAAAGCAUCUUCAGAGAUAGCUGGCUUCUGGUUCGUAAAGAAUGCUCUUUCAGUAAUAGUGGGGCAUCCUUCUUAUCUAGCAUGUUGCUACACUGAUUGUGAAUUCCACUAGCUUAAGAAAGAGGUGUCAUUCUUCCACACGAGACAGAAUUUAUUAUAGAAGAAGUGGUUGAGAUUGAUCCUUCGUUACUAUUUAAAGGGGAAAAUGAUGAACUGUUUUCUCUUCCAUUGCAGUGGAAGCAAUUCAUAACCAUGCAAGCCUGUGCUCCUUAUGCAGCGAUGUUACUAGUUCAAUUCGCUUAUGGAGGAUCUAAUAUCCUCAUGAAAAUUGCUCUUGAGAAGGCACUCAAUCAAAUAGUAUUUGUGGUUUAACGUCAUCUCAUUGCGAUGAUUUUGUUGGGCCCUUUUGCUUAUGUAAUUGAAAGUUGCAAGCGCGUUGAGUAACGUUAUCCCGAGUUUGACAUUCAUCAUGGCAGUUAUACUCUGGUGUGAUGGAGAAAGUGAAGACUGCAAGCCCUAGAGGACGGGCUAAAAUGUUGGACACGGCUAUUUGCAUAAGUGGCUCACUGUUUUUUACCUUCUGGAAAGGAGGAUAUCUGUUUAAAAGUUUUGAGAACAGAGCAUUGAUAAACAUCUAUAGCACCAAAGGUUCUGCUGGUGAGUACAGGCAUGCUAAAGAAAACUGGAUUAAAGGUUCUGCACUUAUUCAUGUUGCGUGGAGUGCAUGGUUAAUUCUCCAGGCUGUAGCUUACAAAGUAUAUCCAGCUAGUUUAUCACUGAACACUUUGAUUUUUGCUUCUUCGAAUGCAUCAAUCCAAUCUUCUUUUCUUGCGCUGUUUUUUGCAAGAAAUCCUGCAAUAUGGAAGUUGGAUUGGAAUGUGCAGCUCCUGACCACUAUAUACUAUGAAGUUGUGAACUCAGCAUUAGUCUACUACCCGCAAACCUGGUGUAUUAGUCACAAGGGGCCAGUUUUUGCAGCUAAUGUUUAGUCCACUGUAAGUUGUCAUUGCUGGAAUAUUCUCAGCAAUUGCUUUUGCGGAGAGACUUCAUUUGGGCAGGUGAGCUAUUAAACUCUACCUGGACCAAUUCAAAUGCAAGACUGUCAGCAAUUAUCAAAGUGGCUUUUGAAGUCCCAGUGGUGUCUUGUAUUUGAAUAUACUUCACCAAACACACUUUUUUUUCCUACCCACAGUAAAAUAAAGUUUAAAUGGAACGUCUUGCUUAUUGCUGACAAAGGAUCAACCAAAAACAAUGACUAGUUAGUGGGAGUCAACGUCCUCCGGCACCAAUAUCCAUUUACCUAGCAAUAGUAAGGUUGUGAUGAAAGAACUAUUUAGUUUCAGUAUUCUACUGUAUGGCUUAGAUUUUUGUUCUUUUCUGAACUGAACUAUCAGUUCAGUUUAAAGUAACAUCGCAUUGCGUUGGCCAUAUCAAAAAAGCCAUGCUAUCACUUCUAGGAGUUCUUAAUAUCAAUCACAAACAGGACUUCAAGUUAUUCUUUACGUACUGAAUUGGAAUCACUUCAAUCUUGGGGUAAGUUUUGCUACAGUAAGUUACCAAAUUAAGGAUUGCAGGGCUGAAUCUGACUUGACUUGGGAACCCAACAAGAACAAAAACACCAGCAGGUCUUCAAUUAAGACAGACAUGAAUGGAUCAAAACGGUGAUUCCCCGAUACUGUGUUGAUCAUAAAGUCUAGUAAUUUGGAUGAGGCCUGCAUAAAAGAUAUUAGACAUCAAAGAAAAAAAAAGGAAAGAAGGAAAGAGAAA